AAAGCGGGCAUGUGUGACCUCGUCUGAGUGGCCAUACGCAGGCGUUAAAAAUAGAUUGUCUCUCCUUGGGUAGCUGUGAGGGAGUAUUAGAAAUUACGGUAGCAUUUAGCAACACGUUUUAGUGGACAUUUUAACGUAAAAGGCUGAAGAUGCUUUUAUACUAGCCACAUUUUUAGACGAAGAUUUAGCUGUCACUUGGAAUAAUUUCCUUUUUAAGCAGGCCCUGUCUUUUAACUAAGUCAAAAGCUGCCCACACUUGCAAACCUAAAACCUUCAUAAAAGUUAGGCCAAAAUAUGCUUGUUAUGAUUCUGUUUCUACAGGUUUCUCACACCCAGUGGGAUAUUUUUGAAACAGCAAGGAUUGUACGUUUUAGUGUCAGGAUUUUCCCUCUGGCUUCCGAUACCACUUCAUCCCUCCUUUUGAGCUAUGUUUGACAUAUAUGCUUAAAAUAAAAUCAUAACAAUAGACUCCCCUUUCCCCUCACAGCUGCGGAUUUCCCUUCCAGCUUCUCUGGUUUCAUUCCUGAUUGACAGACUAUUGGAAAAAAAACCUUCAGUCUUUCCUCAAAUGUUUUCUCUGUGUGGUUAGUACUGCUGCUUCACAUUCCUGUUUUCAGCUGUAGCUGAUCAAGUUGACCCCUUUUGCUAGAUGGAAGAGAUGAACUGCAGUGGGUAUAGGUUGGGUUGCAUUAAUUCAUGGAGCCCAGUUGGUCUUUGCUCAAGAUUUUGGGUAGUCAGUUUCACCACCACAGUUUGGGAAUAAUUUGCUGCCACUGCCUGGGUAGUAAGGUAACAUUAUGACCUGGCUUGCAAAGGUGCAUAAAUGAGCAUGAGGAUUCCUCAGAAGUGUUGGGCUGAUAUGUCCAGAUUGCGCUUCUCCCUUUCUUUGUGAAAUUUUGAAUGUGUACUGAAGUCAGUAGAAAUAUUCCUUUUGGAGAACACUCUUGUCCUUGGACCAUACUGUUUUUGUGCUCCAUAAUACUGUAGUACUUAAUUUAAGAACUCUUCAUGUAUCUUUGUGACUAUAAAGUGUUGCUAUCAAAGCUUGAUGGGUGGUAAAGAGGAAUUUUAAAGUUUUAAGUGGGUUUUAGUAGUAUAACUUCUGAUGCAGUUCCUUUUUUUUUGUUUCAGGUCUGGGAUAGAAGCUAAAAAGCUUUUUGCAAUGUCAGGUGCCACUGAAGACCAGGAUGGUGUCAUAAAUAAACUAUUUAAAAGAAGUGCAGUAAUAGAGGCCAAAGGCUCCCUGCUGUUUUCCAAGGAGAUCAUGAAACGACAUCGGCUUCCUAGCAGCAGCGAGGACUCUGAUGACGAUGGCAGUCUGUCUGCCUGGUCCCAGCAUUCCAGAUCUCAACAUCAUAGAACUUCAUGCUCCAGAGAUGAAGAUCAGAAACCUUCUGAGGUGUUCAGAACGGACCUGAUCACUGCCAUGAAGUUACAUGACUCCUUCCAGCUGAAUCCUGAUGAAUACUAUGUCCUGGCAGAUCCCUGGAGGCAGGAGUGGGAAAAGGGAGUUCAGGUGCCAGUUAGCCCAGGGACCAUCCCAGAACCAGUAGCCAGGAUUGUGUCCGAGACAAAAGCUGUCACAUUUACACGUCCCAGGAAGUACAUUGUUUCCUCGGGUUCGGAGCCUCCAGAGCUGGGCUAUGUUGACAUUCGAACCUUGGCGGACAGUACGUGUCGCUAUGAUCUCAAUGAUGUGGAUGUAGAAUGGUUGCAACUUGCCAAUGAAGAAUUCAAAGAAAUGGGGAUGCCUGAGCUGGAUGAGUACACGAUGGAAAGGGUCAUGGAGGAGUUUGAACAGCGCUGCUACGACAACAUGAAUCAUGCUAUCGAGACAGAAGAAGGACUCGGGAUUGAAUAUGAUGAAGAUGUUGUCUGUGAUGUCUGUCAGUCUCCAGAUGGAGAAGAUGGCAAUGAAAUGGUGUUCUGUGACAAAUGCAAUAUUUGUGUGCACCAGGCAUGUUAUGGGAUCCUCAAGGUGCCAGAAGGCAGCUGGCUCUGCAGGACCUGCGCACUGGGUGUCCAGCCCAAGUGCCUCCUGUGUCCCAAGAAGGGCGGUGCCAUGAAGCCAACCCGGAGUGGCACCAAGUGGGUGCAUGUUAGCUGUGCUCUGUGGAUUCCAGAGGUGAGCAUUGGAAGUCCAGAAAAAAUGGAGCCCAUCACAAAAGUUUCGCACAUUCCCAGUAGUAGAUGGGCACUUGUGUGCAGUCUUUGUAAUGAAAAAGUUGGAGCUUCUAUACAGUGUUCAGUGAAGAACUGCAGAACAGCCUUUCACGUCACCUGUGCAUUUGACCGUGGCUUGGAGAUGAAGACGAUAUUGGCAGAGAAUGACGAAGUGAAGUUCAAGUCAUACUGUCCCAAGCACAGUUCCACCAAGAAAGCUGAUGAUGAGAUUUCAAAUAAAAGCCCAGGUCAGGAGAAGGGAAUUCAGGACAGCUCUCUUCCUGCCUGCAUUGACCCUUUCCACAGCAUGGAUCAAAACCAGGAGGAGGCCCACAGAGUCAGCCUUCGCAAGCAAAAGCUCCAGCAGCUGGAGGAUGAGUUCUAUACGUUUGUUGAGUCUUUGGAAGUGGCUAAAGUGCUGCAGCUACCUGAGGAGCCGGUAGAAUUUCUUUACCAGUACUGGAAGCUGAAGAGAAAAGCCAACUUCAAUAAACCUUUGAUUACCCCAAAGAAGGAUGAAGAGGACAAUCUGGCUAAACGGGAACAGGAUGUUCUGUUCCGAAGGCUGCAGCUCUUCACACACCUCCGUCAGGACCUGGAGCGGGUGCGUAACCUCACUUACAUGGUGACACGGAGGGAAAAAAUCAAGAGAUCUGUUUGCAAAGUUCAAGAACAGAUAUUUAAUAGCUACGCCAAGCAGUUGGAACAAGAAAGAGUUUCAGGUGUGCCUUCCUCAUUCUCUUCAGUGGAAAACACAGUGUUGUUCAACAGUCCAUCUUUGGGCCCCAAUGCCCCUAAGAUCGAGGAUCUGAAGUGGCAUUCUGCAUUCUUCAGGAAACAGAUGGGCACAUCUCUAACCCACUCCUUGAAAAAAUUGCAAAAGAGAGACAGGUCUGGGAAUGACAGCAAAUCCCUGCUGAGGCAGCCCAGCCCGAGGGAAGGCAGUGCUGCUUCAGGUAGCUUUUUAAAUUUUGACAAGACCUUUGCAGAAACACGGUUUGUGUCAGCACAGCAGAAAAAUGAUAUAGUUAUACCAGACCACAGGAAGAGGAGAGACAGUCGCUCACAGUCCGAGGUGGCCAAGGCAGAACUAAAAGAAAAGACUUCUAAACACAACCACAAACCACUGAGACCCACAGAACUCUCUCAGAGGCAAUCAGAAAACAAAAGGGCUGCGAACCACUCCAGUGGCAGGUCAGAACCUGGCACUGGGAGGGAUAUAGUGCCUAAAUGCAAUGGGGGUCUCAUCAAAGUAAACUCUAAUCAGAGAGUAGUUAAAGUGCCUACAACGCCCACGACCCCAGUGAAAAACUGGGGUGGAUUCCGAAUUCCAAAGAAGGGAGAGAGGCAGCAGCAGGGUGAAAACCUGGAGGAGUCCUGCUGCCAGAACUCCAGCUACCCCUACAUGGGCAUGGGCAGAGUUCCGCCGAAGGACAGGACAAAAAGGAAGUUAAAGCCUGACAGUGAGAAUGAUGGAUAUGUCCCUGAUGCUGAAAUGAGCGACUCGGAGACUGAAGUGGUUGAAAAAAAGUGCAGGCAGCAGAGGCUCAGUCCAAACAGCACUAUCAGCAGGAGGACAGACAUUAUUAGGAGAAGCAUCCUGGCAUCCUGACUGGACACAGGGAGACAGUGUCAGUAGAGUCACCGCCUACAAGCCAACUCCAUGUUUAUUCAUUGGUGCGAGAGAGGAGCAUUCUUAGACAUGGCUACAGACUGACAAUAACCCAUUCUUUCUGAGUUGUUUUAAAUAUGUUUACAUGCACUUAAAGCUGUUUUAAGCUUUUUGUUUUUUGCUCUGCUCCAUCCCCUCACUCCCUUACCUCCAUUUCUCUCACAGAAAUGAAGUUUGAGUCUCUUUUAUUUGCAACUUUCCUGAGUAAGAGAGAAAUGUCAUCACUACUUAAAUAGGAUUUGGGAUGAACAGUAAAAUAACUCACAGAAAUCUUUUAGAAGGGGCUAGGGUGGGUAGGAGGAAUCAGGCUGCAUUCAUCCCUUUUAGCUACAAGGUACUGAAAAUUUUACUUCCUUCCCCUGCCUUCUGAAAAAGCACAAGCUCUUAAUUUAACUCAUGUAUUGAAUGGAAGAUGGUUGUUAGACCAUACUGCACUGCACUGCUAAAUCCCAUUACAAAUGGUCACUGUCCUUGGAUGGUGGCAGCUCUUUCUCCUCUCUUUGCAGAAUGUGUUUGUUGCAUUCAGUUUGAGCACAGGUGCAGCUCAAACCCCUCUGUAUGCUCCAGAGUUUACAUGGAAAUGAUGACCAGGAGUAGACAUGAUGUUGUACCAGAGAAGGAGGAAGGGACAGGGCAGGGCUGGAAAGACUCAGACCAAGCACAGACGAUGCUCCCAGCUGGCUCAGUUCUGAGCAAGGGGCAGGUUUGUGGGUUCCAGCACCCCAUGGAAUAAUCCUUCACUGUUAGUCAGUCACUGUCCUCUGGGCUUGUGAUGACAAUUCAAGACAGAAGUUUCCUAAAGCACUAGUCAGGAGAAUUUCCCAAAGGCCACCACAGAUGCACUAAUAGUAUGUACUGGGAAAGCCAGGCUAAUGACACUGAAAAGAUUGCUUUAAAUGGACAUGAAUAUAUAUUUUUAAAUAGAAUAAAAUGCAAAGGCAAUAAACUGUGAUUAGCUCUUUACAGUCAAAUGAAGAAAAAUUAUUUCGUUCUAUUCUGGACUAGAUUUGAUGGAAGAGGGAACUCAUGUUCUGAUUGUGUACUUUUUUAAUAAUUGCAAAUGGCAAUAAUUAUUAAGCUGUCAGCAAUAAUAUUAACAGGUUGUGAGGACACCAUUUUGUACCAAGUAGAGCGCACACAGCACAGUGGACUGUUAGGAGCCUGUAGAUUUUGGAAUUCUGCAUAGAUGUAAGACAGGUAUGUACUGGUGAAAAAGUUUUAGCAGCAAUGAAAGGUGCAAAGAACCUCCUUCUCCCCUUUCCCACUCCAAGCCUGCUGUUACAGUGUCCACUCACUUCGGAAUGUCAGACCCUUGCCUCCUGUGCAGGGAACACUUGACAACACAGAAUUCCUCUGCCAUAACUGAGUCUUCCAGAGGAUUCAAUCAGAAAAUAAAAAAGGCUUAUUAACACCCUUUCUAUGCAAGUUAUCAUUAUCAAGUAAAUAUUUCAGCAGAAUGCAUCUCUAUUACUGUUUAAAACUCAGAAGUCUUAACCUUUUGAGGAAGGGGAAUUUUAUGUACGUCUAAAUUCCUGUUGCUGGUCCCAAGUUGUCAGACUAAUUAUGUGACUUGCAAAGGUGAAAGUCAGGCAGGGCACUGGUGCCUGAGGUUACAUAAUCACUCUUGGGAUGUGUUCAAAGUACAAACAGCAGACAAGAGGUAAAAGCAGGUAAGUUCUACUCAACAUCCAGCAAUGUUCUCUAGACAGGCACUGACAGAUAGGCUGCUGUAAGCAAGCAGCUCAUAAUCACAUGAGAAUUGUCAAGCCAUAGAUGGAGUAACCUAAAUUUGGAUUCUGAGUAAACCUUUAACCUCACACCAGUUGGACAGAGGUACCUUGUUAAUUUGCACUAUUAUGAAUGCAGAGUUAAUGCCUUACCUGUUUUAUCCCCUUACAUUUAGGGUAAAAAGCUUUGUAAUGUUUCCAGUUGAGUUGAACGAAAACUGAAAAGGCUGUGAGCCAGCUGUGGUUACGACCAUCUCCAUAGGUUGGUUUUGUCUCCAUACUUAGCUCUCAGCAGAAGGUGUUUUAAGUACUGCAGUUAUAGUACAAACCCACCUCUGUGUUUUAUUGGGAUUUGCUGGAUUUCUGUUUUCAAGCGUUCCCUUUCCUUCUGCAGACUGACCAAGAGAUCUUUGAUGUGAUCAGUGUGUUCUGUCAAGCUGUAGGCUAGUUGAAUGUCUGUAAAGUUGCCUGGAAUGCCAUUUGUUAGGUUAUAAACUCAGACAAAUGUAAAUGAAGGGUUCUGUGUGUUGUGUAUAAAUCCUAAUUUCAGAAAUCUAAGAAAAUUGUCAUUAUAUUUGAAAAACUUGUACAGAAGAUUUUUCACUAUGUGCCUAGUUUGGGUGUCCCUUCAGCUGAAAUUAAUUUAAAAAAAGGUGCAUGAAGAGAAACAGAUAGAAAUAAAAAGUAUAUGUAGAAAUGACUAUUUUAUAUGACAUGGCCCGAUCCUGUAUUUAUUUUCUCCCUUUUCGGAAGUAUUUCUAAAGACCUAGGUGAAGACAGCUGUAUUUUUUGUUAAAAUAUUUGGUAGAACUGUGCCUUUGUCUGUAUGUGAAUAAAUGCUGUACAUUUUUGCAAUAUCCUUGCCAGCAGUGUUUUAGACUUCUCAGUAUUCUUCUUUGGGUUCUGACAGAAACAUUUCACUACAGUGAUGUCAACAACUUUCAUGGUUAAAACAAGCACUUAAUUUGGAUUAGUACAGAUAUCACAAUGCAGA